AUCGAUCGUUAUAUCACAAUAACGAUAUGAAUAUUGAAUCGAUUAAUGAUUUUACACAUAUAUACGUGUAUAGUCCAGCUCUAAGCUUAUUAAAGUUAUUUCCAAUUAGAAAAGUGAAAAAGAAAGAGCCGUUAGCAAAUAAGCGCCAACAAUAUUUCAUAAAACUGAAAGAAUUACAAGAGUUUUACAACAAAGACAAACAACUUAAUCAUUAUUAAGUUAUUUCAAUAAAAAAAACUAUUUCACCAGUCCAUUUCCGCAAUAAAAAAAGUACCGCAUUCCAAUCUUCAAAAACUUUUUUAAAUAAACACAAAAAAUAUAAAUACUAGUAUGUCAAACGAUACUUUAAAGAUCCUUUCAUACAAUAUAAAGGGACUUCCAGGGAAGCACCAGGAUGAUGAUUUUAACAAAUAUAUUCGGAAAUUUGAUGUCUUCAUUUUAUUAGAAACUCAUACCGAUUCCGUAAAGCAUUCAGAUAUAUACAAAAAAUUCACGGAGCUGCAUUCUGACUUCGAUUUAAAUUUUGAAGAUGCCAUAAAAACACUGCGAAAAGGCCGUGGUAGCGGUGGCACUAUAAUAGGCAUUCGGAAAUCUCUCAAAGAAAACGGCGUCGAAUACUCAACUGAAGAUUUAGGCUUUUGUAAAAUCAUAAAAUUACGCCUAAAUUCAAGAGAAGUUAACAUUAUUCCACUUUAUAUUCGUCCGGAUUCUUGGAAGAAAGCCAGCUUCUUCGAGAAUUUUAAAAAUCAAAUUGAAGAACUUGAAGAAAAUGUCCUGGAGAAUUCCGUAAUCAUAGGAGAUGUAAAUAUCCGUCUGGGAGAAAUUACACAGGAUGUUGUCGCGUUCCCUUGUAUAGCUCCUUGUAAUAAAAAUGGGAGAAAAUCCGAGGAUAAAAAACAUGACAAAAAUGGGAUAGCCUUCUGUGGCUUUUGCAACAAGCACAACAUGCAAAUAUUAAACGGGCUGACCCGUGGAGAUUGUAUUGGUCGCUUCACUUUCAUUAAUGAAGUGGGUAAGUCAACAAACGAUAUAGCUGCAGUUAGCCGAAAUAUAAUGGGAUUAGUGAAGGACUUCGAAGUUGACAGCCCAGAAAGCGGGGAGACCCGACAUGGUUCGGAUCAUUUGCCCAUAUGCCUGCAACUGCACCUGAAUGAUGAACUGGAUUUCCAAACGGUUGCAGACCUGCCAUUCAAUGCAGUUUCGACAUUUGAUGCAAGCAUAGUCCUAACUGAAUCUUCAUUGGAUGCAGAUAUUACCGACGAGGAAGUGCGUUAUGCCUGCAGAAAUCGACAUGCAGAAUGUGCCGAUGAAGUUUUUAUAGCUGAAAAGAAAGUUCGUUGUAACAAGUUGUUCGGGAUGUUCCAUACAUUUAAUAACUAUAAUUAUUAUUUAAAUAUGGGUACAGAGGUGAUGUCAGCAAUGAUGAAAGAGGAUGAUGCCCAAAUUUUGCUCAGAAUAAUUUUAAAAAGACUUACUAAUUGGUGCAAUAAAAACAAAAUUUUAAAUGAUUUUCAGCAUUGCUUUGUUAAUGGUUUAUCUAACCUUGACAUGAUUUACAAUUUGCAUGCUGCAGUUCAUAUUAAAUUGGGUGAAAAGAGCGGAAAAGUAUACGCUUACUUUCUAAAAAUUAAAUAUAACCCAUUAAGCGAUCAUGGAAUUCUAUUCGAAAAAUUGCAAAAGUUAGGGGUGUCUUCAAAGGUGAUAUUUUUAUUGAGUUUCGCGUCGGAGGAACUUUGGAGAAAUUCAAAUUCACUUUUCAUAAAACUGAAAACAUUGAUUUUUACACUUUUUUUAAAUGAUUUGCCGGAAUACAUAAAUGGGGGCCUCGUCAUUAAGAAUCGUAGAGUAGGCCUACUAAUGUGCGCUAACCACAUUGUAAUUCUUUCCGAAAGUAUCCCUACUUUAAAGGAUAUGAUAAAUGAGUUAGAGGAUUACUGUGAUGAAUGGGUCUUAAGGAUCGACCCUGCAGAAUCCAAAGUAAUGGUUUUUUCCAGAGGUGGUGCGAUUUCAGCUUCUGAAAGUUGUUCAAUAUAUGGAAAAAGGAUAGAAUCUGUAUUAAAAGUAGAAUUCUUGGGUUUCUUUUUCACUUCAAAACUCUCAUCUUUAAGCCAUGUCCUGAACAUGAUUGAGAAGUCCAAAACAUCGUUCCAAGACUUAAAAGCACUCAAUGAUUGGAAACAAUUUAUGAAUCUUUAUAUGGCAAAUGUGUGGGGAUUUCGAGAAUUUAAGGAAAUUGAUCAACUUCAAGCAUUAAUUUCCAAAAAGGGAAACGUACAGAUCGCAAAGUCCUUAGCCCAGAAAAGUCUUAAAAGUCUUGCUAAAGAUCUCUUUUUAGAUUAUGUAAAAAAAGUCAUUUUUCUUUAUGAAAAUAACAAUCUAAGUCGUUACCUUACUCUCAUAGUAAUUGAAAAAAAUGUUUUUUGGGCUGAAACCUUGAAUAAUAUGUGCAAUACUAAUACAAUUAAUUGGGAAUAUCAUAUUCAAUCCCAAGCGAAUUGGGAUGAAUUAGUUAAUAUCUUAAACCAAAAUUAGGGAUCGAGAUUAGUCUUCCAUUUUUUUAUAUAUCUCUAUUUUAUUCUUUUUAUUUUCAUGUUUUAAUCAAUAUUUACAUUGUUAUCAUGUAUUAUUUUUUUAUUAUUAUAUUUUGUUGUUUAUAUUUUUAUGUCUUAUACUAAUUGUUAUAUUUUUAUUACUAUUCAUUUAUUGUAUUCUUUUUUAGUAUUUUUUCAUAGUUUGUAAACGUUUAUUUAAAGUGAUAUUAUUCUUAUUAUAUGACUAUAUGAAUUUUUGUAUUUUUAUAUGUUUUUUAAUAAAAAACUCAA